AAACGAUACAGCACCAUGGCUAGUGGAAAAAUUGCUCUCGUAAGUGUGUCGGACAAGUCCGGGUUGGUGGAGUUUGCUAAGGCAUUAAACGAGCUCGGCCUGAAGCUAGUGGCCAGCGGCGGUACUGCGAAAGCGAUCCGCGACCAGGGUCUACCGGUGCGCGAUGUUUCGGACAUUACCGGCGCGCCGGAGAUGCUUGGCGGGCGCGUGAAAACACUUCACCCCGCGGUGCAUGCCGGAAUUUUGGCGCGUACCACCGAAUCCGACCAGCGGGACAUGCGGCAGCAGAGUUACGAGCUGGCCCAAAUCGUUGUGUGCAAUUUGUACCCGUUCGGGUUGACCAUCUCCAAGCCGGACGUGACGAUUGCGGAUGCGGUGGAAAACAUCGACAUCGGUGGGGUCACGCUGUUGAGGGCCGCUGCCAAAAACCAUCAGCGCGUCACUGUGCUGUGCGAUCCGAAGGAUUAUCCGAAGGUGUUGGACGAGAUUCGGCAGCACGGUGAUACGACACCCGCGACCCGCCAGGUGCUAGCGCUCAAAGCGUUCACACACACCGCCGAGUACGAUGCGAUCAUCUCCGACUACUUCCGCAAGCAGUACUCGGCGAGUGUGUCGCAGCUAAACCUGCGCUACGGUAUGAACCCGCACCAGAAACCGGCGCAGAUCUUUACCGCGCUGGAACGGUUACCGCUGAAGGUGGUGAAUGCGGCACCGGGCUUUAUUAAUCUGUGCGAUGCCCUGAACGGUUGGCAGCUGGUGCGUGAGCUGAAGCGUGCGCUCGGUCUCCCGGCAGCGACCAGUUUCAAGCACGUGUCGCCGGCCGGUGCGGCGGUCGGUGUCCCACUGACGCUCGACCAGGCCAAACUGUGCAUGGUGGACGAUAUGUACGACAGUCUUACACCGCUAGCCACGGCGUAUGCGCGUGCCCGCGGUGCCGAUCGUAUGUCGUCGUUCGGUGAUUUCGUUGCGCUGUCCGAUACGUGUGAUCUUGCCACGGCCAAGAUCAUCUCGCGCGAAGUAUCGGACGGUAUCAUUGCGCCGGGCUAUACGGAGGAAGCGCUCGACGUACUGCGCAAGAAGAAGAAUGGUUCGUACUGUGUGCUGCAGAUCGAUCCUACGUACGAACCGAGUCCGGUCGAGCGCAAAACACUGUUCGGGCUGCAGCUCGAGCAACGUCGCAACGAUGCUGACAUUAACAAGGCACUGUUCACGAACAUUGUCACCAAGAACAAAACGCUACCGGAGGGUGCGUUGCGCGAUUUGAUCGUGGCCACGAUCGCGCUCAAAUACACCCAGAGCAAUUCCGUCUGCUACGCCAAGGAUGGGCAGGUGGUUGGAAUCGGUGCGGGACAGCAGUCACGCAUUCACUGUACGCGCCUGGCCGGUGACAAAGCCGACAACUGGUGGUUGCGCCAGCAUCCGCGCGUUACCGGCAUGCAGUUCCGGAAGGGUGUCAAGCGGGCCGAAGUUUCGAACGCGAUCGAUAACUACGUGAAUGGGACGGUUGGUAAGGAUAUGCCGGUGGCACAGUUUGAGGCAAUGCUCGAAAAGGUUCCUGCCGCGCUGACGGUGGACGAUAAGGAGAAGUGGACGCGCCAGCUGACGGGCGUUUCGCUCGGUUCGGAUGCGUUCUUCCCGUUCCGGGACAAUGUGGAUCGGGCGAAGCUGAGCGGCGUGUCGUACAUUGCGAGUCCGUCCGGUUCGACGAACGAUGCGGGUGUGAUCGAGGCAUGCAACGAACACGACAUCGUGAUGGUGCACACCAAUCUGCGACUGUUCCAUCAUUAA